AUGGAGGAAGGCAUGACAACAUUGGAAGAGCUACAGGGUAAUCUAAAGAAGGUCAUUGAAGGGUUGAACAAGAAGUUAGAGGAGGAUCCGAAUUAUCAUCCGCAGUUAAACUCUGACAACGUGAUGGGAUCCUACACUACGGCAUACCAUAUAUGCACAGCCAACAGCGACGACUUGUAUUCAUUAUACAAAAAUUUGCUUUGUGAUUACAUUAAUGAGACUCUGUUAUCAUGUUUGAGUAUAAAACAUGAUGAAUUAUUUUUGAAGGAGUUUAUUAGAAGAUGGAAGAAGUAUAAAUUGAUAGUAGGGAAGGUUUCCAAAGCCUUUAUUUAUCUAGAACGUUUCCAUAUAGUAAGAAAGAGCCUUCCAAACCUUGGUGAAACUGGGACUCUUUGUUUCAAAGAUUUGGUUUACAAAGACAAGCGUGAGAGAGUGAGAGAUAUUGCUGUUUCAAUGAUUGAUGAAGAACGUGAAGGGUUGAAGAUUGAUAGAGCUUUAAUGAAUGAUACUAUUAAUCUUUUUGUUGACUUGGGGAUUGACAACAAGAAGGAUUCCUAUUGUUUAUACAGGGGGGAUUUUGAAGAUCAAAUGAUUGAAGAUAGUGGAGAUUAUUAUAGACAUAAAGCUUCAAUGUGGAUGGUGGAUUAUUCUUGCUCAGAGUUUAUGGUGAAGGCUGAGAAUUGUUUGAAGGAGGAGGAGGAAAGGGUUUUGCACUACCUGCAAGCUACACCGAAGGAGAAACUCCUGGGGAAAGUGGAGCAGGAGUUGUUGGUUGCACCUUUAAACCAACUUUAUGAAGAUGAAGAUUCAGGAUUGAUUUCUUUGCUUCGGGAUGACAAGGUUGAUGAUCUUGCAAGGGCUUAUGGUUUGUCUUCUAGAGUUAUUGAUGGUUUAGUUCCAGUUUCACAGGCAUUCAAACAGUAUGUUACUAGUGAUGGCAUGGAAUUGGUUAACAAAGCAGAAGAGGAUGUAAGCAAGAUGGGAAAAGAAAUGUCGUCGUCGUCGGUGUUGCAAGAUCAACAAGUUGCCUUGAUUGGAAGGUUCAUUGAGCUGCAUGACAAGUAUCAGUCUUAUGUCAAAGGUUGUUUUCAGAGUGAUCAUAUGUUUUUUAAGGCUCUCAGUGGAGCCUUUGAGACUUUUCUGAAUAAGUCUGUGGCUGGGAUUUCGAUUGCCGAGAUGAUUUCAGUUUUCUGUGAUCGCAAGCUGAAGAAAGGAAGUGAAAGCAAUGAAUCAGUUGAUGCUACACUUGAAAAGGUGGUUAAAUUGUUGAUGGAUGUCUAUGACAGAGAUAUGUUUGCUGAAUUUCACCGGAAAAAACUUUCACGUAGAUUGCUGUUUGAUAAGAACGAUUCUGAUGAGCAAGAGAGAAAUUUCCUCUCAACUUUGAAAGAACAUUUUGGAAGGCAAUUUACUUCAAAAAUGGAGGGCAUGGUCACAGAUUUAGCAUUGUCCAGAGAUAGCCAAACUAAAUUCAUAAGCCAUCUUCAGGACAAGGUUGAUGCUAAGCCAGGAUUUGAUUUCUCAGUUACUGUUCUCACAUCUGGAUUCUGGCCAACCUACAAAACUUUUAAUCUCAACCUUCCUCCUGAAAUGCUCAAGUGUGUGGAAGCCUACAAUCAGCACUAUCUUGCCACAACCAAUAAAAGAAAACUUACUUGGUUGUACUCAUUAGGAACCUGCAACAUCAAGGCACACUUUGAGCCUAAAACAAUGGAGCUUAAUGUUACCACCUUCCAAGCUUGUGCUCUUCUCUUGUUCAACUCCUCCCCAAGAUUGAGUUAUUCAGAGAUUAAAGAUCAGCUUGACUUGAGUGAUGAUGACUGCAAUCGACUGCUUCACUCCCUUUCAUGUGCCAAAUACAAGAUCCUCAACAAAGAACCAAAUACGAAAACCAUCUCAAAGACGGAUUACUUUGAGUUCAACUCAAAGUUCACAGAUAAAUUGAAAAAGAUCAAGAUACCUCUCCCUCCAGUGGAUGAAAGGAAGAAGAUAGUUGAAGGUGUCACAAAAGACCGGCGGUUUACCAUAGAUGCUGCUUUAGUCCGCAUUAUGAAGAGCCGCAAAGUUUUGGGCCAUCAUGAAUUGGUCACACUAUGUGUUGAAGCUCUUGCUCCUUUAUUCAAGCCUGACUUCAAAGUCAUCAAGAAGCAGAUUGAAGAUUUGAUUACCAAAGAUUAUUUGGAAAGGGACAAGGAGGACAGCGAUACUUAUAUAUAUAUGGCCUGA